AUGACGCUGUUAAGCCCUACUCGUGUCAACAGUCGCAGGAUCGAGCUUCUGCGGGCACAAGAUGGAAUAUCCCAUGAGGCUAACACCUAUGCUACUGCCGAAAGGCGUCCAGAGCGGUCACCGGAUAGUUAUAGCUGGCUGUUUGGGGAUUACGACUACGAUCAGUCAGCCUCGUCUUUGGACGAACCACACAUGGAGCCACCAUUCCCGGACUUCUCCGUCAUUUCCGAGCCAUCUUUGACCCGCAAAGAUAUCUACGGCGAGACUACUAUUGACAUGCUGCUGGAAAUGCUCCAGCUUCAGCAAUUGAGAGCGUCUCUUAGUCCCGUUACGGUUUCGUAUUUUGCUGAUUUAUUUUGGACUAAUUUCGAUGCUAACUAUCCUAUCAUCCACAAGCCAUCAUUUGGCUCUCAUAGCCAUCCAUUCCUCCUUACUCUGGUUAUGGUAAUUGGCAUGGUUUAUUCAAAAUCCAGCUUCAACAUGGACAUGGCAGUCCGAAUUCAGGGCAGGCUGCUGAAACUCCAGAUGAACAUGCUCUGCGACUCCCAGGACCUCAAUCUGGAGUUAAUGCAGUCUUUGAUUCUGACAUGCUACUUUUGCUCCAACAUUGGCGACCGUAGUUUGCAGAAACAGAUGCGUCUUUUCCAUGCCACCAUCAUCGGAGUAUUGGACGUUCCGAGCCUCACACGGUCAUUACAGGAGCCUGAACUUUUAGAUCUCGACAAUGUCUCAAGCGCAGAUAUGGGAGAGCGGUGGCAAGAAUGGAUAGAGUAUGAGUCUCGCAAACGAUUGGCUUUUUUUGCAUACAUCUGCGACUCGCAACACGCGUACCUAAAUGAGUGUCACGCUUUGAUAUCCAUAUUUGACUUGCAGCUCGAUCUCCCGUAUACCGACGCCGUCUGGACGGCCUCUGAUGCAGAACUAUUCAUGUCAGAGUACUCAAAGCAGCCGCGUGAGCUGAUGCCGCGAAGAAGACAGUCGGUGUCUAUGCAAACAGAAAACUCAAUUAAUAUCAUGCCCCAUAUCAAGGAAGAAGGGAGCUGGCCCAAUUUUUUGUUUUCGCUCAGACGUCUAAUGCAGCCGUAUAAAGACCACCAGAAAGAGUACAAUAUGAACUGCUUCUCGCAGUUUUCGAGGCUGAUUUUCUUGCAAGGCCUGAUUAGCAUUACGUGGGAUCUGCGAUGGAAGGGGCUGCAAGACCUGGGCAUUGUGUCGAACAAGAAAAUGAGUGCUUUAAUAUUGAGACUCCAGGAUGCCUACAAUCAGUGGCGCGAGUAUUUUGACUUCCAGAUUCUGACUACCAACAACACUUUCCUGAAGAAAGAUGACUCCCAAAGCACCACACUCGCGUAUUUGAACAAGUACGACACCUCGCCGAUAUUUUGGAAUAACCUUACCCAGUACCAAUUUGGGCUUCUUCUUCUACAUGUCGACACCUUUGCGGUGUAUAAACUUGCUUCCCAAUACGCGAAUGCUGUGUCUCGGGAAAAUCCGCACCCGCGAAUCAAUGUGUCUACCAAGAUCCGGGCAUGGAUCCGGAGUUCUAGCUCACAGCUUUCCCUGAACAAUGCGUGUAAGCUUUUACGGACUGUGUUCCUGAGGACAGGAGUGAUAUUUUCCAUUCCGCAUUUGGCUAAGUACGUGGCAGCGUCAUGUCUUGCACUCUGGUGCUACGAGACAUUCAGAGAGGACAUUCCCGCUGGAAUCCGACAAAGCUCACUUCCAAAUCCCAUUAGAUACACGCAGAACGGGAUGAUCGACCAGAACAUUACAAAGGAGGACACAUUGCAAUAUCUGCACCUUAUCAUCGAAAAAGAGGAAUACGGGGGUCGUGAGUACGAAUAUACUAUCCGUCAGCAAUACAUCCAAGUCUUUUGUUGGAUCUGA